AUGGUUGCUCAACCAAUUGGCACCAAGAAGACGCCCGUUACGUCGUCGGCAAAGAAGACGGCAGUAAAGGCACAAACAAGAAACACGCCUGUGAAAGCGCCGGCCGUUCAGCCCCCCAGGAAACCCGUCAACACGGCCAUGCAGAAGAAGCCGGCUACCACCGCCCCCAAGAAGCCCAUCACCAACACCCUACCCAGGAAGCCCACCACAGCCAUCGGCCAGAAGAAGCCUCUCCCAGCACCAACCAAGAAUGUGCCCCGACAGCCCCAACAACAAGGCUGGCUAAACAAAGGCCUCAGUGCCGCAUCAUCAGGCAUAGGCAGUGCCGUCAGUGCGGCAACCAGCGGCAUUGGAAGCGCAGCAGGCGCAGUAGUCACGGCAGCAGGCAGUGGUGUCGCCGGAGCCGGAAGAGGCGCUGGAGCAAGCAUCACAAACACUUCGCGCACGUGGGGCGACAUGGUCCGCGAGUAUGGCAAUUCUCUCAAGGACAUGACCGGCGCCCAGGGCAGUCGCUCAACAACACACAAGAACCCUCUUGGGCUGAGCACGAGUGGUGUUGGGGGUAUGGCGUCUAUGGCGAGCAGGCCCAAUGUGCCUGGUCUCUCGGGAAGCUCCAACAAGAAGAGAAACUCGCUGAUAAUUUACACUGCGCGCUCAGCAUAUAGCAACGAAUCUGGUGCCCAGGCCAAGAAGCUCAAUCGUACACCACGAGUGCAACUCUUUCCUUCUGUGAUGAUCAACAAGGGCCGUGGUAUCUCCCUGAAGUACCUAGAUACCGUCAACGAACCAGUGCAAUACUUCUUCGCCUAA